GAGACCCCUCAGAAUACCGCAUGACAUGAGGACGACGAAGCGGAUUUUCAAUAUUCCAGCUAAGCCAAGCUAGCCAACCUCUCCACAAGCUCCCAACAACUUCAUCAUGAUACGAUUUCUUUUGGGUGAAGCAAAAGAAGCCAACGACCCCCCGCACCCUCCGCACCCCACAUCAUCGCUCAUGCACACGGCGACGAUCUGUAAAAACACCUUAACGACGUUUCUUUUCUCCCUGCACACACCAUCUUUUACCACUUGUUUUCUAUACCAUCUCAACUUCCCCUUACCCUUCUUCCUACUAUCCUUCCCUCCGCUCCUUCAUCUACCAGUGGAACGAUGUCUUGUGUACUUUCUAAUAUCAGUAUACUAUAUAACGCCGCUACGGAAUGUACUUUUAUCUCUCCAUCAACAUGUUUCUCGGAUCGGGCUUCCUUUCUAUCAACUUGUCUCCUAUUUUCAAUGUAGCUGAAUGAACUCGGAGUAAGGGCGGACGGCGUUGGGCUUUUCAAGGGGGGCGGUGGUGAUCUAGUAUAGAUAUAGGCAAGCAAGGCACCUGCCAGAUUUACAUGAUGAACCCCUGGGCAAU